AUGGAGGAGAAAGGAGUUGUUAAUGUGGAAGAAGCCGAGCCCGAGGAAGAGGCUUUUGUGAAGUCGGAAAAGGCGUCUGCAGCUGCACAAGUAAACCUCAGCGCAAAAUUGAGCAAGGACGGAUCAGGAUCAGGUCAAAAAGGGAGCAUGAGCGAAAUAUGGAGACUGUUGAAGAUCGCGCGACCGGAAUUGGGAUCAUUAUCAUGGGCAUUCCUUUUUCUACUCAUCUCGUCGGCCGUUUCAAUGUCUGUUCCGUUCUCCAUUGGAAAGAUUCUGGACAUCGCAACACAAGCCGAAGGAUCCAAUGAAAUGCUCUUUGGCCUGGAUAUCACCACCUUUUACGUUGCCCUGGCUACAGUCCUGGCCACCGGUGCCGCCGCGAAUUUCGGUCGCAUCAUUAUCCUACGUAUCGUUGGAGAACGAAUCGUCGCCCGUCUACGAUCACAGCUGUACCGAAAGACCUUCAUCCAGAAUGCUGAAUUCUUUGAUGCGAACCGCGUGGGUGAUCUGAUAUCUCGCUUGGGCUCGGACACCAUCAUUGUCGGAAAGAGCAUUACCCAGAACCUGUCUGAUGGUCUCCGCUCUGGCGUAAGUGGUGCUGCUGGGUUCGUCAUGAUGGGCUGGGUCAGUCUCAAACUCACUGGUAUUUUGGCACUGAUAGGCCCGCCAAUUGCUAUCGUCGCUUUCGUGUCCGGCAGGGCUUUACGGAAUAUCAGCCGCAAGAUCCAGAAGAACUUAGGUACCCUGACAAAGAUUGCCGAGGAACGUCUAGGAAACGUAAGAACGAGCCAAGCAUUUGCAGGGGAAGUUCAAGAGGCGGCUCGAUAUAACCGUCAAGUCAAGAGAAUAUUCCAACUCGGGAAGAAAGAAGCAAUUGUUGCCGCAUCUUUCUUCGGUAGUACUGGACUUCUGGGUAACUUGACCAUCAUUGCAGUUCUCUACGCUGGUGGGGGCAUGGUCAAAUCGGGUGCCAUAUCCAUUGGUGAACUCACUUCCUUCCUGAUGUACACGGCAUAUGCUGGCUCAAGCAUGGUGGGUCUAUCAGGUUUUUGGGGUGAGAUGAUGAAAGGUGUCGGUGCAGCUAGUCGCCUUUUUGAACUGCAGGAUCGCAAUCCGACAAUAUCCCCGACCAAAGGCGAACCUGUCAGAUCUGCUCGUGGACCGAUUGAAUUCAAGAAUGUAACGUUCAGUUACCCAACAAGGCCCAAAGUAACCAUCUUCAAGGAUCUCAACUUUAAAAUCAACCAAGGCAUCAACGUCGCAAUCGUAGCACCAAGUGGAGCGGGGAAAUCAACCGUCGCAAGUCUUCUGUUGCGAUUUUACAUCCCCACCGAAGGAACUAUCACUAUCGAUGGUCGCGAUAUCACCAAAUUGAAUGCUAAGCAGUUACGAAGAAAGAUUGGCUUUGUUGGCCAGGAGCCUGUCCUAUUCUCUGGAACUAUCGCUGAGAAUAUUGCGUACGGAGUUCCCCAGGCUACUCGUGCCGAGAUAGUAGCAGCAGCACGCAAAGCCAAUUGUCAAUUCAUCAGCGACUUUCCUGAUGGACUUGAGACACAUGUAGGAGCACGAGGCACACAGCUUUCUGGAGGUCAGAAGCAACGCAUUGCCAUUGCACGAGCUCUAAUCAAGCAACCUGACAUCUUGAUACUCGACGAAGCAACUAGCGCUCUCGAUGCUGAGUCCGAAACGCUCGUCAAUCAAGCCCUUGGCAAGUUGCUUGAGGAGAAGAAUACAACCAUCAGCAUUGCACAUCGCCUUUCCACGAUCAAGCGGUCGGAUCGUAUCAUAGUCAUCAGCAACGAUGGGCAGGUGGCAGAAGAGGGUACAUACUCAGAGCUUGCCUCUAGACCCGAUGGUGCAUUCAGCAAAUUGAUGGAAUGGCAACUAAACGGUGGGGAUGUGCAACCCACUCGUGAGCCUAGAAUCAUGGAAGAGGAAGAGAUCGAAAACGACCUGGAACAGAAAUUCAAAAUGGCCGGAAACCGUGAGAACAAGCCGCCCAAGCAUGAAAUGGUCCAUUUCGCAGGACUACUCAACAAGGAGAGGAAGUUUGGUGACUUCAGGACGGUUUUGCAUACUGGACUCUUCAGCCAGCUUGUGGCAAUGGAGGUUCCCGUGAAUGGAGAAAUUGGUGACGAGGUCCACACUGUUGAUCAGAUUCUCCUCUUCACCGGUGGAAAGGGACUUGCAACAGUAGCCGGAAAGGACCAGGAGGUUCAAGCCGGUGAUGUCGUAGUCGUCCCAGCCGGUACGCAACACCAAUUCGUCACGAGAGGAGACAAGCCCUUGGAGUUGAUCACCGUCUAUUCGCCUGCCGAACACGACCCGAGAACGGUCCACAAGACGAAAGAAGAGGGCGAUGAGGAAGAGGACAAUGGCAAGGAUGAGGCACCCGAGUGGUCUCAUAAAACCGUGAAGGAAAACGUUGCAGCUGGUCUGAUCAACGAGAGUGGAAAGUACGAUUAA